ACACUGAAAUCUUAAACUCCUUGGUUGGUUCAAUCCAGAUUAAGUGGUCUUUUGGACAAUUGUAUCUUUCAAUUUCAGUGUUUGCCAUAUCCUGUUGUGAGAGUGAAAACAGAAUGAGUGAGCCAUUAAUGGCUAGUGAAUCAGUUUGAGUUUACAUUUUAACUAAUUGAACAGACAAAAUAAACCACAGCACUGCUAUAUUUGGUGUUGUGUUGGUUCAUUUUAGGAAACUAGACAUUACAAAUUCAACCAAAUAUUUGAGAUUGGACAAGCCAACUUGAUAACCUGCAUUGAUGCACAUAACUCUCUAACAAUAGAUAUUGUGUAUAGUGCUCUAAGUUACAAUGGUAGAGUUAAUAUCAGUUAUAUAAUUCUUUGGAACUGCUCACUCUGGGUUAUGGCAUGAAGGGCUGCAGCAUCACAACUGGUUUGCUGGCAAGAAUCAAUAGCAAAUGAAUCAGUUUCUGUUUACAGUUUGGUUCAUUGAACUGAGAGCAAGCUGACCAGAGUCCUGCCUGCGGCCAGAGGUUUAGUGCUGGGUGACGAUGUGGAUAAACUGAUUCCACUUCUGCAACACAUCACUACUGUCCAUUUGAGCUGGUGACAAGACUUAUGUGUAAAGGUACUUUAUAUAGACCUGCACAAUUACUUCUGCUUACUUCACCCAAGUUGUGUCAAAGCUAAACACAAAAUCCAACCCAAAACAGGUUUAGGAGACCCCUGUCAUACAACUCUGUCUCUUGGUGAUGUCACAGAUGCAGUAAUCUUUUAGUAGAGUGACCCUCUUGGGACUGAGAUUAAUUGAUUGCUUUUUGAUGGGAGGGAUGAGAUACAGGUCUGGUGUGUAAGCACUCAUGAAUUUGCUACAUCAUCAAUGCUACAUCAUUAAAUAAAUGUCUGCUCUGAGUGUCUAGGGCAGCUGUCAUGGUUGCUUCUUGUUCCUAUAGUGCCAAUUAUGCCAUGGAUGUCAAAACAUACAAAGCACAUCCCCCAUAAAAAAUGUCUCGGCCUGUAAGUUAGAUUUUCCACAUACAUUCUUAAGUACAUCAACAAACUGCAAGUGAGUACACAAUGCAGUGAACUGGAGGUGUAGAGCAGCAUAUAACAGGAACAGCCAGUACAUCACUAGAGUAGAUGUACUUGUUCCACCCUGGAAAGUCCAAACUCACAUUCAGAAGAGACAACUACAAAUGACACAUCAAUCAUUCGUUUUGCUUUUUGCAUCUAUAUGGUUAUUUUGGUACUUUCACAUCUCUUUUCAGCUGUUUUGCAUCUUUGUGGUCAAUUUUUUUAAGGUUGUUUUGCCUCUCUGUUAUUGUAUUGUGUCUCUUUUUGGUUGCUUUGCAUGUCUUUGUGUGUCAUUUUAUAUCUUUUACCAAAGCUCUGUGACUUUUAAACAGGAAAUAUAAGUCACCUCAGGCUCUGGCCCAUGAGUCCACCGAUCUUUUGGGCUCCUGGGCCUGUGCCUGCAAGGCCUGUUCAGUAAUCCAUUAUUACACGCCAGAGAAGGUUGAGAAAUCCUGCCCAAAAAGUCCCUCCUGCUAUCGUUCCACCUACGCACCUGUUCAGAUCAACGUGUUUGGACAAAGCGGUCUAAUAAUUAAUGGGAAAAUCAUCAUGAAGAUACAAGGCAGGUUAUCAAACAGUUAUCUUGGAAAGAUAGACGGGCGAUUUCUUUACGUGUUUGUUUGAUUUUUUUUUUUUUUUUUUACAGUUAGUUAUAAAAAGUACAACAUCCAACUUUUGCUUUGCUAUUUCGUUCACGUGUAUGUACGGGGGUGGUGGACAAAAACUAAAUGACAGAGGGAGAAAGAGAGAGGGCUCGCGCUCCCUCCCACCGCUCGUGCGCAACGACUGUGACUGCGCUCCCUCUUUCCUACAUUCAAACAUGGCGAAACUCUUUGCCAUUAUACCACCACCAUCACCCUCAUCCUCCUCCACUUCAUCGUCAUCGUCGCCACCAUCAUCCUCAUCAUCAUCAUCUUCACUAUCAUCAUCACCAUUAUCUCCGGUACCGUGAUGACCCGGGAGGAUGGAGAAGUUGUCGGCGAGCCUGUCGGAGAUCACUUGGAGCCCGUUGGCGCUGCCGUUGGACGCGGUGGUCAGCAAGUUCCGUCUACCCACUCUGGUCCGUCUGGCCCACGGUGAAUGUGUGGAGGGUCUGUCAGAGGAAGAUGUGGUGCUGUUACACUCCUGUCGUCAGUGGACCACAGUGACGGCUCACAGCUUAGAGGAGGGACACUACGUCAUUGGACCCAAGAUAGACAUCCCUCUGCAAUACCAGGGCAAGUUCAAGUUGUUGGAUGAAGACCGGGACGUCAGGGAUCCGGUCCAGUAUUUCUCCAGUGUGGAGGAAGUUGCUGGAGUCUUCCCUGACCGGGUCUUUGUCAUGGAGACAAUCACCUUUAGUGUCAAGGUUGUUUCAGGGGAGUUCAGUGAGGACAGUGAGCCCUACAGCUUCACUCUGCAGGCUGGAGAUGAGCUGUCACUCAUGGGGAAAGCGGAGCUUCUCUGUGCCACACCGUCUAAGGAAAAGACGGGAUUGAGCGCUCUCCUGAGACGCCUGGGAAAGACUCCUAGGAGUAAAACUCCCUGCCUGGUCUGUAUGAACCAUCGCACCAAUCAGAGUGUCAGCUUGCCCUUUGGCUGCCGUGGACGCUUUUGCACACGCUCCCCUCUGGAACAAGGCAUGCUGGGAGGGGAGCACACGGUACGAAGCAUAAUCGAGAGAGUUCGCCUCCCCGUCAAUGUGUCCGUACCUUCACGACCACCACGGAACCCCUACGACCGCCAUGCGGUCCGAGAGGGCCACCGCUACAAGCUGCUCAACAUCGUCAGCAAGACGGUGGUGCUCUGCAUGGUACUACGCCGACAGGAGGUCUCCCCCUCCCAUUUCCUGCUGCUGCGUUGCAUGCCCCGGUUUAAUGUGGCCGAGGUCUCCGUUCACACAGCGGCGCUGGAGAGCCUCCUGUUGCGACACGCAUUUGACCCAGAUGCCUACUCUCGUGCAGUUAGAGAAACCCGGCCAGAGCUGGAGUGUAUGACCGAGGAGUGUGUGAGCCCACGGCGCUCUCGCAUGUGUGUGUCGGGUCAGGACUCAUUGGCACCGGCACUGCAGCGCCUCUCAAUGUGUGGGUAUGGGGGAGGGGUUUCGGACAGCCUAUCACAGCGCUGUAGGGACUCUCUUGGAGAGAGACUCGGGGAGGGACCAGGUGAGGAGAGGGAGUAUGUGACUCCUGAAUGGACUGAGGCUGAAAUGAGGACCAGUGAGGAAAUCCCUUACGAGGAACUCUGGACCAAUCAGAACGCAGAGGGUUUGGGGAAGGAACCAAACCUCAUCUCCUUCCAUUCAUCUUCCUCACUGGACGGUUCUCUUGGUACUGUGGUGACAAGAGUGUCCACCCCACCACCUGUACCUCCAAAAUCUGAUGCUGUGAGAGAGGAAUGUCGCUACUUGAUUGCCCCUCCGGUCCCCCCUCGCUGCUCUAAGGGGGGCUCCAUUUCCAGUCCGGCCCCCAGCCCGCCCAUCCCACCUCGCUUCCCCAAAACCUCCACCUCCCCGAGACCCAACCUCUCCUUCUACUCCUCUGGACUUCAGGACAGCUGCUCACCCUCUCCAGAUGCUUCUCUCUACUGUUACCCAUGCUCCUGGGCGGACUGCCCUGCCCCUAACCCCGCCAGUCCUGAGCCAGUCCCUGCCAUCUCUGCAGACAACACAACCAAUCCUCAGCCAGCACAGGCCACCUGGGCAGAGCCGUGGGUGGAUUCUUUCACGUCCUCCGGUCCCCGACUCAGGCCGCCACCUCCACAGAGUCGAUUCGCUCCCUUUGGGGCGUUGAACCCCUUCAACCGCCAGUCCCCUUGCCCCUCGCCUGAGCCCACUGCCAAUCCCACGACAGAUUCCUCUAGAGGUGCAGAGGGCGGUGGGACAUCCACAGGGAUCACCGAAGGGUUGUCCCCGCCCCCUGACCCCACCUGGCGACCUCCUGCUGACCUGUCUGCUCUGUCAUUGGAGGAGGUGUCGGCAUGCCUGCGUUUCAUUGGCCUAUCAGAGGCAGCGGUAGCUGUAUUUCAGAGGGAGCGAAUUGAUGGCAGCCUCCUGGUGCAGCUGACUGAGGACAUCCUGUCACAUGACUUCCACCUGAGUCGACUCCAUGUCACCAAGAUCACACAGUUCAUACAGGGCUGGAGGCCCAAAAUCUAACACACACACACUGUCCUGAUAAUGUGCCUGUUGGCUCCUGAGCCUUCCUGAAUGUGCCUUCCACUGUGACCAACUGGCUGCUGAGCCCCUCUGACUGAAGCUGAGACUUAGCUGAAGGAAACCGUGCCACCCUGUGGUCAAACUGUAGAACUGACACUUGAUUGGCUCUCAUGCUGAGAGUCUCCGACAGAUUGACUGCAUAUUUCCUGUCUGAAUCACAGACUGGGACUAGUUUACUAACAAAUGGCUACAACAGAGAGCUACAUGAUGAAAGUGCCCUGUUUCAACUCAUAUUUGUGGCAGAAAGUCAACCAUGAUACAUCUUCAUGCUACAAAACAGCAGAAAGGUUUUAAGCACUACUUACAUUUGUGUAGCCUUCAUGCUGUGGUCCCACAUAAAAUCUGAAAUGAGGGGGAAACACGCAUUCAUUUUACGUAAAAAAUACUAUGACAAAUCAACAGAAUUCCUGCAGUUUUUACACCUUGCAUAAAUUACACUGCAGUAAGAGUAUGACGUGUGUUUUUACAAUAUAAGGAGCAUUAAGGGAUUCACAGCCUCUUUUGUUGACCAGUAGGAGAUGUAACAAUGAACCUGUCCCCUACACAAGUGUCUUGUAGAGCCUUCUUCAUCUGUUUCAAUGAGCUUUGGUGGCAUGUAACUGGCAAAAAUAAAUAACACAAUGAGAGGUUCUGUGGAGAUAAGAGGGAGAUAGUUGUGGACAGCUAAAUAAAAAAAAGAAAAAUACAGAAAGUCUGAAAUCUUAGCACCCAAUUAAUUACUGAGUUUCUGGUGCUAAUCAAUGAUUCACUGAACCCUCUCUGAAUAUACAGCAUUCUGUAUCAAGGCCAUUUUGUGUUUUGCAACAGUGACUUUUUUAUUAACCCCCUUAAAAGGAUACCACGAGAUGUCUGUUGUCAGAUACACAGAUGUGUCGCCAUGCUAUAAUAGAAUUUUUGACCGCCUCAGAAAUAGAGUUCGUACCUCAGAUCACCUUUCCAGAUAUGCUUGAUUUAGCCAUGCAUAAUGAUUAGUAACAUGAUCACAUAGCCAUUUGAUUUUUAGUUCUUCAGUAUGCAACAUGAGACAAAAAACAUAAUGGUGACUACUUGAAAGAAAUAGGUCCAGUAUAACCAAACAGUGCAAGAAAUGUCAGAAUAAUUUGAGAAAGAUCCACAGCCCCAUAAAAGAUACUAUAAUUUGUCAAACAAUCUGUUGAAGGAUUAAUAAUAUUGCAUUAGAUAUUGAAACAAUGGUUGUAGUUAUUAAAUCUAAAUUAAAUCAUUUAGUAGGAACAUGCCUUGCUUUCUGAAGUAAGUUGAAGGAAAUUUUUUCUAUUUUCUUAAAUUUCAUAGACCAAAUGAUUAAUUCACUAUUUGUAAAAAAAAAAAAAUUAGUCAACAGAUAAAUCAAUAAUGAAAAUUAUCAUUAUCAGCCCUACAUUUUUAUUUCAGCUUUGGUAUAUAAAUCCCUCCAAAUCCGGCCCAAUUAUGUACAAAAUGACAAAAUGUAUCAAUUAUGCUACAGAUUUGUCAGACAAGUCUCUCUUCUUAAUGAGCAACAAAAUGGCCAAACAUCUUCCAGGACUAAGAAAUUGUUGGUUCUGAAUGAAUCCGGACAUCAGCAGAUUGACGGACAGAAGUUUUCUUCCAUCUAUUCAAAUUAAAAGGAGGCUUGCUUUAUGAAUUCUACACAAAUCCUGCAUGAUUAGGGGAAUAAACUAUUUAAAGCGCCCUACAGGUACGGACGAUAGUACUGUUAUAUAACCUGGGACAAGUUAACCAGAUAACUGUGAAAAUGUAAUUUAUGUUGUUGUAAAUGUUAAAGACAACUUGUUUAGUUUUCGUGAUUUUCGUAUUGUCAUACAAGCUGCUGUUGCUCUCAUAGUGUCUGAAAUAAUCCUCUUUAAAUUCCAUAUUCCCAAAAUUCCCAAAGGCUGCAUACCAACUUCCUCAAAACUAUUUCUCACGACAUCUCGUAAACUCCACCACCCCCCCACCCCCCAUGCACACACACACACACACUUUACCUCCACCUUGGUUCACUACACCUACAUAAUAUUGAUGUACUCUGUGAUCAUGUAACUGCAAGGCCACUGUAAGAAGAGCAAUGAAGAAAUAAAUGAGAAAAUAAAAUAAAUAGAAACUUAAUGACCUCUGAA